AUGAUAUAUUGGGACAGACCUGAAGGAGAAACAUGGAAGCUCAACACUUAUGGGAGCACAAUGGAAGGAAGUAGAUCUUCUGGCAUUGGGGGAAUUGUUAGAAAGGGAAAUGGAAGAAUCGUCAUGGCUUUUGCUAAGCAUAUCCAGUUCUCCACUAACAACUCUUGUGAGCUUCAAGCAGCACUAUAUGGACUCCAAUGGUACAAUGAACAACAGCAGCAGCUUCAUUUGAUACUGGAAAUGGAUUCACUAGUAAUAGUAAAUAUGCUCAAGGGACAGACAAAACCACCUUGGAGACUCAGGAAGACGAUAGAAGCAGCCCAACGGAUCGUUCAUCAUAGGCAAAUUGAAGUCAAACACUGCUUUAGAAAAGCAAAUGCUAUAGCAAAUUCUAGGGCAAAAAAAGGCUGCUACGGACACUAUUGA